AUUCUGCCGUGGGGCUUCUCAUCUCCAUGGUGGUAGGUUCUGACAACUUCAGACCAUGAGCAAGAAGAGCAAAGAGCGAAGAGAAUGAGAUCCACCCACUGCAGCACUGAUACAAGAUGAAGAGGUUGCAGGCUUUGGAUCUCUAAGUAAGGUUUUAACUGAGAACUAAAAGGCAAAAAAUAAUAAGACACUUACAACUCUUAACGGGUACCAAACUCCCCUGGAUGCCCUAAGGGACCAAGAAAGAAUGAGUUAUUACGGCACCAGCUACCGGAUUGUCAAUGUGGACUCCAAACACCCCGGCUAUCCCCCAGAGCAGGCCAUAGCUGAGAAGAAGAAGGCGAGGCGGCGUCUGCUCCACAAGGACGGCAGCUGCAACGUGUACUUCAAGCAUAUUUUUGGAGAAUGGGGGAGCUACGUGGUUGACAUUUUCACCACGCUGGUGGAUACCAAGUGGCGCCACAUGUUUGUCAUCUUUUCUUUGUCUUACAUUCUCUCCUGGCUGAUAUUCGGUUCCAUCUUUUGGCUCAUAGCCUUUCAUCAUGGAGACCUAUUAAAUGACCCGGACAUCACACCUUGUGUUGACAACGUGCAUUCCUUCACAGCAGCUUUUUUAUUUUCUCUUGAGACCCAAACUACCAUAGGGUACGGUUAUCGUUGUGUCACAGAAGAAUGCUCUGUGGCCGUGCUGACUGUGAUCCUUCAGUCCAUCUUAAGUUGCAUCAUAAAUACCUUCAUCAUCGGAGCGGCCUUGGCCAAGAUGGCAACCGCCCGGAAGAGAGCCCAGACCAUCCGCUUCAGCUAUUUCGCGCUCAUCGGCAUGAGAGACGGGAAGCUUUGCCUCAUGUGGCGCAUCGGUGAUUUCAGACCCAACCAUGUGGUGGAGGGCACAGUGAGAGCCCAACUUCUGCGCUACACAGAAGACAACGAGGGGAGGAUGACAAUGACGUUUAAAGACCUCAAACUAAUUAAUGACCAGAUCAUCCUAGUCACCCCAGUGACCAUUGUUCACGAAAUUGACCAUGAGAGCCCUCUCUAUGCCCUCGACCGCAAGGCUGUGGCCAAAGAUAAUUUUGAGAUCCUGGUAACAUUCAUCUACACUGGUGAUUCCACUGGCACAUCCCACCAGUCUAGAAGUUCCUACGUCCCCCGAGAGAUUCUCUGGGGCCAUAGAUUUAAUGAUGUUUUGGAAGUGAAGAGAAAGUACUACAAAGUGAACUGCUUGCAAUUUGAAGGAAGUGUGGAAGUCUAUGCUCCCUUUUGCAGUGCCAAGCAACUGGACUGGAAAGAUCAGCAACUCAACAGCUUGGAGAAAGCAUCCCCAGCUGGAGGAUCCUGCACCUCUGACACCAAUGUGAGACGAAGGUCGUACAGUGCAGUUGCCAUCGUGAACAGCUGUGAAAACGCGGAGACCUGCACUUCCGCUGAUGUAGAGGUGUGUAAGGAAGCCCCUUAUCGGAAAGCUCUCCUGACUUUAAACAGAAUCUCCAUAGAAUCCCAAAUGUAGUCUGCUCUCCAGCCAGUUACCUUAAGGCAAGAAGUUGUAAGCAGGGUCUUUCACAAAAUGCAAGAUGUGUGUUUCAUGGCAAUGAUAGGAACUAGAGCAGGUUACACUUGGUAAGGUGCAAUGUUCAGUAUUUGGAGAACAGAUAGGCUGCUAGAAUAAAUAAAAAGAGGGAAACAGGUAAUUCAAAUGAUUAAUAAGCAUUUACGUUUAUAAAUGGAUUAUGUAAUGGAAGCUUUGUUUUCGAAGCAUCUUUUCACCUAAUCAUGAUAGACAAGAUAUGUCUUCAGGGCCAAAAUGUCGAGAUCUGUAAGUAAAAUCAGAUAUAGUUUCAGUCACCACAUUUUGCUCUCCUAGCAUCUUAGUAUCAGCAGACAGAGGCAGUGGCUUUAAGAACCUGACAGUGUCACUAAGUCAUACACUUCUUUCAGUGACGCAUGUCCAGAUAGUUAUUAUUGAGUGUUUGCAGCUAUUUUUUUUCACUAGCCAUGUGGCAGAAGUAAAAUUGACAUCAUUAUUCCUGCGAUGCAGGAAUGAAUGGCAGCCUCCGGCUUUCCAAGGGAAAAUGCUGCUGCCUAUGGUUCUGAGAGGCUGUUGUGUGAGCUGAUACGUAAGAAAUAGAGCUUUUCCUGUAGGCCACAGAGCCCAGUGUAUCUGCAUUGUGCCCAGCAGCGUUAAACCUGCUCCCUAGAGUAGUCAUGAAGGGUUUUGUGAAGUAACGGAAUGAAGGCAACCUGAUUGUACGAUAAAUGAACAAUCUAGAGACUAGGGGAACGCACACAUUUUCAGACAGGAGGUAAAUUUGUACAGUCUACUUUCAUGUUAAAAGAUGCAACUCCUGAUUUCUUUCAGCCCAAGUACAGUCACAGACACUAAGCUUUGUAAAUUGCAGAGCUACGGGUGAUGUGGAAUGAUGUGUGUAUCUUUUCAUUGUUGCUGAGCUGCCAAUGAGUACACGGCAGAGGUUUUAUUUGUUUAACUUAUACAUAUGCACACAUACCCAUAAACACACACAUACAUUAACACAUGCCACACAUAUAAAUACAUACAUAUAU